AGUUUUUCUUUCCAAGAAUUUUCAAUGAUAAUUUCGCAGUCUCAAGUUGGGAAAUUAGUGGCUGUGGUUUUUUUUUCGUCCCUUUUUAUUUUGUUUGGUAAUAUGAACUCAAUUCGUGUCAAAUUUCAGUUGAAUUCAUUCAGUAAUUUCGGAGUUAUACAUUUAAAAAAAUGCUUGUUUUAAACUUUCUUGUGCUUUUUUUAUUAGUUAUUAGUGUGAUAAUAGUAGUUGAUAUUCUUAAUAAAACUAGAACAAGCAAUAAAACAGGUAAAAAGCAUUUGUUUAGUCCAUAUACUCGAUACCAAAGGGGGUAGGAUUUUUCAAAAUAAUGGACAAUUGUCAAUUUUGCUGCCUAGCACAACGAAUAUAGACGUGCAUGCCCCGGACCGAGUUCGAACCAACGACCUCCGAAACGAACGCAAAAGUCACGGAAAAAUCACGGCUCUUAUACAUAUCUGUAGUUCACGGAAACUCAGUCAGGGGAACUAUGUUGUAGGUACAUAUUUAUACAGAUAUACUAGUGGACGCCCGCGACUUCGUACACGUGAAAUUAUGUUUUUCACAAAUCCCGCGGGAACCAUGUAUUUUUCUGGAUAAAAAGUAGCUUAUAUGUUACUCCAUGGCUUCUUCUAUCUUCCUGUGAGAGUCCCAUUAAAAUCGGCUUAGCUGUUCCAGAGAUUAGCCCAGAUAAACAGAAUAAACAGAAAAAAAGACACAAUUUUUUUUAAAAAACUCGAUCAUGUUUUAUUAUCGUGUACUGUAAAUAGACACAGUUUAUGUUUUGAAAUCACAGACAAACACUUUAAUUGUAUUAAUACAUACACAUGUUAUGAUAAUAAUAUGAAAAUUUUAUCAAAUUAUGAUACGCUUCAGUAUCCCAUUAGUAGUGAAACCACCGAUAAGCACACUAGCGUGGUUUAUCUCCUAAAUAUUCUUAAAUGCAUUAUAUUUAACAUGAUUUAUAUAAUUUUGUGUCUCGUGGCGUGUUUGCUGACAUGGCUGUGCUGGAGAUGGCUGAGAGUGAGGAGAUACUGGGCGGAGCGCGGCGUGCCGCAUUUGCCGCCCAAUCCCUUCUUGGGCAGUUUGACGUUCCUACAAAAGCAAAAUGUGGGAGUUUGGAUGCGUCGAAUGAGCGAACACUUCAGAACGCCGUACAUCGGCAUCUGGCUGUUCUGGAGACCGGCGCUCGUGGUGAACUGCCCAGACAUCGCGCGGCGAGUGCUGGUGAAGGAUGCAGCCAGUUUCAGGAACAGACUCGUUGGCUGUGGCGACACUGAUCCUAUCGGGAAACUCAAUUUGUUCACUAUUAAAGACCCUGAAUGGACAAACUUGCGCCGUCGUUUGACCAGCACUUUCACAGCCGCUAAGCUCAGAAUUCUGCAAGAUUUCAUUUCUUCCAAGUCCAAGGAAUUAGUUCAAAGGAUCCAGAGAGAACAACAGAGUGGAAUAUCUCUCAAGUCAUUGUACGUUGACUACACGACCGAUGUGAUCGGCACGUCGGCAUUCGGUGUGGGCUGCAAUGCGACACUGACAGGCACCGACCCCUUGCGCGCGGUGGCGGAGGGGUUCAUGACUUACAGCCCCAUUAGGGGGUUGGGUUCUUGCAGUGUGUUCUUCUUUCCUGAGAUGACGGACUUUUUCCGAUUUAAGUUCUUCCCGAAGUCAGCCACAGAUUACUUCAGAAAGAUCUUUAAGGCCGCAGCCACACUGCGCGACAACGUUGCCAGCGCGCGAGAGACCAGGGAUCUGCUCGAUGCUUUAUUGAAGCUGAGAAAGAACGAGUCUGAUGAAGGUUACUCCGAAGACACCAUAAUAGCUCAGGCAGCAAUCUUCUUGUUCGGUGGCUUUGACACCACUGGAUCUCUGCUGGCGUUUAUCACAUACGAGCUGGCCUUCCAUCUGGAUGUACAGGAGAAAUUGUACAAAGAACUUCUUGGAGCCAACAUUAAUAAUGCAAGAGAUGAUUUUACAUCGGAACAGUUAGCAGAGAUGACCUACUUGAACUGUGUUAUCAAAGAAGUUCUUCGUAAACACACUUCAAUGGGCUGGCUCGACCGGGUCGCGACCAUUGACUAUCAAAUCGACGACAACCUGACGAUCAAAGCAGGCACCCCUGUCUAUGUCAACACCAUGGGCAUGCAUUACAACCCUGAUUACUAUUACGACCCCAAAAAAUUCGACCCCGACAGAUUUCUACCAGAAAAUGACAAGGACAGAAAACCCUACACAUUCAUGCCUUUUGGGGAAGGACCUAGAGCAUGCAUAGGUCAGAGGUUUGGUCUAAUGACAGCGCGCUAUGCGAUAUCUUCAGUCGUCCUCAACUACCAGCUCCAGCCCUUCCCGAACGCGCCGCGACCUGAGGAUGUAGUCAUUGACAAGAGAGGAGCGUUCUACACGCCCGGGGAACCGAUUUGCGUUCAAUUCCUCCCUAGAACAUAGGAUUAAUGAAUUAGUAAUCAAUAUCAGCCUAUUUAUUCGGCCUAUUACUGUGCUUUCACCUUUAUACGAAGGGAUAUCCAGCUUAGGUGCAGCAAUGCGGGUUGGCGGUCUAAGGUAA